CUGUGAUGGUGUUUUUUACCUUGAAUACCUGCGCGCCGCCGCCAGUCAAGAUCUGCCAUUGACCUCUCGGCGCUCCACAUGGAAGCGCCUCAUGUUGUGGCCAUGCGUGCCACGCGCCGCAGCUGUGCCAUACUUUAUUUAAGGCCGCAGCUGCCGGCCCGCGCGCACUUCGCAGGCAGGCCGUAUCGGUUGAAGCAAAAGCAACACGCACAUGCUCCCGAGGCCGGUUGCUUGGCAGAGUCAGAGACCAAGUGCUGUAUUCUCGCACAGCAGUGUUCCUUUUCCCAGCCCGAGACGCAAGCUGAACUAGAAACAUAGAUGCUGGCAAAACAUGACGAUAAUGAUGAUGAUGAUGAUCAGAUACCGGUAGAUCCGACGCCCCCGGUACGACGUUGGCGUCGACGGCAACCGCUGCAACUCUGGCGAAAAAUGCAGGUUUUGCAUGACACAUUUGCACAGGAGUGUGCCAGAAGUUGUCAUGCAAAAAGUGCUAAGAGGCAAAUGGUGGAUGUGGGAUUUUGCAUCACAAAUGAGGGGGAGGGGAAGUUGUGCCCUGUCAUACACCACUCCUUUACCGGGCGGUGGUUGUUGAGAAUACAAGGGAAAAUCUACAGCUUCUCUGGGCGAAAAGAGAUACUAACACCACGAAGCUGCAGGAGCAGGAGGAAGAACCAGUAG